AUGAAUUCUAAAAACAAUAUAAAGGCCUUUAGCAUCGAAGAAUAUGAAAGAAAAACUAGAAUGCCAAGAGAGGAAUUGAUAGAAAUAAAGUAGGCUUUUGAUAUAUUUGAUUAGAGUGGUGAUGGCACUAUAGAUCCUUAAGAAUUAAGAUAGGCAUUUGAAGAAUUAGGUUGGAAGGGUAAUAGCAAAUUUAUUUAUAAAAUAUUAGAAGAAAUUGAUAAUGACUACAGUGGCGGUAUUGGAUUCGAUGAAUUUUUAUAAAUUGCUACCUCUAAAGUGACUGAUAAAAAUUCUAAAAAGGAAACAGAUAAAGUUUUUAGAAUGUUUGACUGCAAUGAGUCUAACAGAAAUGGCAAAGGUUUUAUCACUAUCGAUGACUUAAGAAGAAUUGCAGAAGAUCUUGGAGAAGAAAUGACCGAAGAAGAAUUAUAAGAUAUGUUUAACCGUGCUGAUGCUGAUUAAGACGGAAAGGUGAUUGAUAUCGAUAUUUAUAAUAUCAUGACAGGCAAAUUUUAUUGGGAUAAGUGA